AUGUCUUCCAACUAUUACCGCUCGUCGCCUGCUGCGCACGAGCAAUACUAUUUCGAGAGCGCCUCGCCCACGCCGUCUCCCCGCCACUACCGCGAGUCUCGGGACUUUUACGACAUGGCGGACCGACGGUAUGACAUGCCGGAACGGCCUGCGACUCGAUCGCACUCCCGUCGCAAGAGCAGCAGCAGCUUUAUGCAAGGGCCUCCACCAGUGCGCCCGCCGACGGCGCACCCUACUGCCGCUGCAUCUCCGCGUUACAACAGCUCUGGCCAGUACGCGACUGUGAAUGUGAGUGAGUCGCGGCCAUCGCGAAGAUAUUCUUCUUCGGGAACGCGUCUACGAGGCGAACGUCGCAGCUCGCAGUCGUACUAUCGGACCUCUGAACGACGUGGGGACUCCGACGAGGACGAGUGGUUCGAGGACAACGGCGCCUAUUACGUGCUGCCCGCGCAAUCGAGAUCGAAGCGUUGGAGUGGCAUGGACACGAGGGAUUACUACACGCGCGAUGGGCCUGAGACUGAUUACCAAUAUUACUAUGCACAGGCACCAAGGGAUGCAUAUCAGUCGUCGCCGAUGAGCCCGGAGCCUCGCCGAUCAACACAUAGUCGUCGUCCGUCUGUGUCGACCCCGCAAAGACCUCAGACCACUGCCCCUGGCAGCUCGAGCAAGCACAAGAGGUCUUCCUCGAGGCAACAAGAUUCGUACUCUCGACCGCAAGCCUCUGCCCCAGAGCCAAAGCCACGCCAGGCUACCCCACAGGACGCCAAGAACCACCAAAUCCCGGAGGGCUAUUCAUUGUCUCACUGGGAUCCCCUCGAAACCCCUAUCAUCUUGGCCGGCAGCGUUUUCGAUGCCAACUCUCUAGGAAAGUGGAUCUAUGACUGGGUCGCCCACGUUUACUCUGGGCCUGAGGGCCGUGAAAUGGUUGGAAUCGCUGGCGAGCUGUGGCUGCUUCUUAUCCAGAUUUCGGGAAAAAUCAAGCGUGCCAACGAGGUCAUGCCAGAAAUCCGCACCAUGGAAAACAGGGAGAUGGUCGAUGAUUUUAUCGUGUCUGGUGAGCGCCUCAACGAAAAGCUGCGCCGCCUCCUCAAGCGCUGUGAGGGCCCAAUGCUGAGCUCUAGCAAGACCGGCAAGAGCAAGCUCGGCACUACUGCUGGUGUCAGGUUUGUUCACACACUCCUGGGUCGUGAUUACGAGCUGGCCAACACGGAAAAGUUUAUGGCCUCUGUCCGCCUCUGGAACCUCAGGUUCGACGCCAACUGCGAGGACAUCCUGCUGAACCCCACCAAAUAA